AUGGAAGCAAAAGGCAAUAUGAGUAUCAAGUCAUUAGAGAGAAUAGUUUCAGAGAAAGCAUUAAAGCUUGGAAAUUCAUUUCCAUGUCAAAUCUGUGUAGUUGGGUUCCUUUGUGGAAUCUGUCUCACCUCACUCUUCUUAGCUGCUCUCACUACACUUGGCACCUUCGAGAUCGCCGCCUUCUCCUUCUCUUCCUCUGCUUUUCCUCCUUGCAAUUCCACUUCUUCUCAAAUCAUCAAUAUGGUUGCAAGCAUAGACCGGAAACUAAACUGGAAGAACAAAGCUGAGACAGAAGAAGAUAACAAUGAUGAAGAUGAUCAGGUGAAACUUUUGGUCUCUGCUUGGGACAACUUAUUACAAAACAAUGAAGACUACUUCAAGAAACUAGGGAUGAACAAAUCCGAUGUCCCAAACGCUCCACAUUUGGAGAACUGUGAGGAGAGGACACGAGUUAGGGAGCGUUUGGAUACUCAGAUAGCAAAUCAGACAUCUCCUCCUUGGAUCAAUGGAGGAGAUGAAGAGAACUAUCCGUUAACGAGGAGAGUGCAAAGAGAUAUAUGGAUUCAUCAGCAUCCUUUGGACUGUGGGGAAAAAAAGAAUCUAAAGUUCCUUGUAGCUGACUGGGAAACGCUUCCUGGUUUCGGAAUCGGAGCUCAGAUCGCCGGGAUGACUGGUCUUCUCGCAAUCGCUGUAAACGAAAACCGAAUUCUCGUUGCAAAUCACUACAACAGAGCAGAUCAUGAUGGUUGCAAAGGUUCUUCUAGAGGAAGCUGGUCUUGCUAUUUUCUACCGGAGACAUCAAAAGAAUGUCGGAAACGUGCUUUGGAAGUAAUGAAGAAGAGAGAAGCGUGGGAGAGUGGGGUUGUUACAGGGAAACAUAACUACAGCUCAAAGGAGAUUUGGUCCGGACAUGUACCAAAGCUAUGGGGUAAGCCUUGGAGUGAUAUGAAGCCAACUACAGAGAUCAACGGAAGUUUAGUCUCAGCUCACCGGAAAAUGGAUAGGAGAUGGUGGAGAGCACAAGCGGUGAGGUACUUGAUGAGGUUUCAAACGGAAUACACUUGCGGUUUGAUGAACGCUGCUCGACAAUCCGCGUUUGGGAAAGAAGCUGCUGAGAUUGUUCUCUCUACUGCAGGAGGAGACUGGAGAAAAAACAAGAACAAGAUUAGGUCGGAGAUGGAGGAAGACGUGUGGUGGAAUCACAAGCCGUGGGUUCCGAGACCAAUUCUGAGCUUGCACGUGCGGAUGGGAGACAAAGCGUGCGAGAUGAGAGUCGCGGCUUUGGAAGAGUACAUGCGUUUAGCUGACCGGAUCAGAGAUCGGUUCCCGGAGCUAAACAGGAUCUGGCUCUCUACGGAGAUGAAGGAAGUUGUGGACACAAGCAAAAGUUAUGGUCAGUGGAGAUUCUAUUACACGGAAGUGGCGAGACAAGUCGGUAAUAAAUCGAUGGCUGCGUAUGAAGCUAGCCUCGGGAGAGAGAUGAGCACAAACUAUCCUCUGGUUAACUUCUUGAUGGCGUCGGAAGCUGACUUCUUCGUCGGAGCUUUGGGUUCCACAUGGUGUUUCCUCAUCGACGGUAUGAGGAAUACCGGUGGUAAAGUCUUGUCCGGUUAUCUCAGUGUCAAUAAAGACCGGUUCUGGUAA